AAACCCUAGAAUACCAGCAGCCGAUAGAAAGAACCCUAAUUUCCCAACUCUCGAUUUCCAUUUCGUUUCUCUGUGGAAGAAAAAAGAUGUCGGUCGGAGAGAUUGCUUGCACCUAUGCUGCUUUGAUUCUUCACGACGAUGGCAUCGCCGUCACUGCUGAGAAAAUAGCAGCACUGCUAAAGGCGGCGAAUUUGACCGUAGAAUCGUACUGGCCGAGUCUCUUCGCCAAGCUUUGUGAGAAGAGGAACAUCGAGGAUCUCGUCAUGAACGUUGGAUCUGGUGGUGGUGGUGCUGCCGUCGCAGUCGCUGCUCCUACCGGAGGCGCUGCUGGUGGUGCUGCCGCCGCUGCUGCCCCCGUCGCCGAGGAGAAGAAGGAGGAGGCGAAGGAGGAAAGUGACGAUGACAUGGGUUUCAGUUUAUUCGAUUAGAUGGUCCUUUUUUCAUUUUUCUUGUAUUUGUUUUAAUGAUUGCAGAAUUGGUUUCCAAGACUCGUUUGAGAUAACUAGCUCAUUGUAGGGGUUUUGUUCUUUUUUACUUUAUGAAGGAUUAUUUUUGAUUUUCUGAAGUAUAAUUUUGAAAUUAG